AUGUUUGUUACAUCAUUUACACCCCUACAACUGGCAGUUUUACAAAACAACAUUGAAACCGCUGAAUUGCUAAUGGAAAAUGGUGCUGAUGUUAAUUUUGUGACGGAUAAUCUUAAUCUGCACAUACGUCGCAAAACACUGUUAAAUAUUGCAAUUCACCAAAAUAAUGAACAGAUGGUCAGACUUCUUCUGAAACAUAACGCUGAUCCUAAUAGAGACAUUUCUGGAGAUAUAUCGUCACUGCACAUUGCUACUGGUAAUGGUAAUCUAAAAAUAAUGAAGAUUCUUCUUGCGUAUGGUGCAAAUAUCAAUCUUGUACCAGUUCAUGGAUUCAUACACCAAUCUCCUUUGCAUUUUGCUGUCCUUCACGAAAACUUGAAAGCCGUAAAGUUAUUGUUGAAUGAUAAUACGAUCAACAUAAACACAGUGGGUGAUCUUAAAAGUUCAGUUCUUCAUUACGGGGCCAUGUACGUGAAAUUAAAUUAUAAGGUCGUGCAGUAUUUACUCGAUGCUGGCGUGGAUGUCAAUUUAAAAAAUGACCUUGGUGAAACGGCGUUGGAUAUAGCACAACAUUUACCAGGAAAAGUCAAAUUGCUAAUAAAAAGGCAUAUUAUAAAACUUACUGCGGCAAAUUAUUAUGUAAGUAAAGAAAACUUAGCAGCAGUGAUGAAUAAUCAUUUUACUAAAUCGCGUAAUUUGUGUAUAGAAGAAAUUGAGAAAAUGAAAAAAAUAAACAUUGGUGCGAGUUAUCUUACGUUUUACGAUGCUUUGUUUAAAGAUCAACACGGAUUGGCGGUUGGUUUAAAAUAUGUUAAUUACGAAACUAUUUCAGAUUUGGAUAUCAAAUCUGUUUUUCCUCUGUACGCUGGAAUGAUUACUUAUCGUUUACAAAAAGCAUUCGGACGAAAAAGAUUAUUAUAUAGUAAAAAUUCAGCACCAACUAUGAGACAAGAUUAA